GUCAGUCACAAUCACGCCCUCCCACGCCGCCGCCAUGGCUCUCAGCCUCUCCGCUCGCCUCCCUUCGUGCUCGUCCUCUGUAUUUGAGAAAGCCCACAAGCUAACAACGCAGCCUCCAAUCCUACCUUUCCCGUCCAAUCUCGCCGCUUGUGGAUGCACUUUGCUACCCGCUUCCAUGGGCGUCGCCCGCCGAAGGAGGCAGGUGGUUGGGGCGGUGGAGGAGCAACACAACCAAACCUCAGUCUUGGCCCCAAAACAGUCUCCUUCUUAUUCUUCUUCCAAGCUGGUGCUCGUCAUCGGUGCCUCUGGUGGAGUUGGGCAGUUAGUUGUUGCAUCCUUGCUUAGUAGAAAUAUUAAGACACGCUUGCUACUUAGAGAUCCUUCAAAAGCAAUAUCUUUGUUUGGUUUGCAAGAUGAGAACACUCUUGAGGUACGUGAAGGUGACACAAGAAAUCAAAAUGACUUAGAUCCAACUAUCUUUGAUGGAGUGACGCAUAUUAUUUGCUGUACUGGAACUACAGCUUUUCCUUCAAAACGUUGGGAUGGAGAUAACACCCCUGAACGAGUAGACUGGGAAGGAAUCCGGAACCUUGUUUUGGCACUUCCUCCUACUCUUGAGAGGCUUGUUCUUGUGUCAUCAAUUGGCGUUACAAAAUACAAUGUGUUACCAUGGAGCAUUAUGAAUCUCUUUGGUGUUCUAAAAUUCAAGAAGAUGGGCGAAGAUUUUGUGCGAAGUUCUGUUGUACCAUUCACCAUUAUUAGGGCUGGGAGAUUGACUGAUGGACCAUACACUUCCUAUGAUCUAAAUACAUUGUUGAAAGCAACUGCUGGAAAACGCCGUGCAGUUAUUUUAAGUCAAGGAUUUCUGGCUGGGAUAUUUCGACGAGUUUCCAAGAGGCGGUGUUUUCUUCUUGCUAGAAUCUACUCCGAUGGUCGUCGGAGCAUUGGGAGGAAGACGACGGCGGGUACAAAGGUGGAAGGAGAUAAGCUUGUUGGGGAGGUUAGCAGACUUGUAGUUGCUGAAGCAUGUAUACAAGCACUUGACCUAGAGUGUACUAAAAGAAAGAUCUACGAGAUCAACUCAGUUGAGGGAGACGGCCCUGGAAGUGAUCCAGAGAAAUGGAGGGAGCUCUUUGAAUCUGCCGAAACUAAUUAGUCUGAAUCAUAAUUUCUCUCCUCGUAACUUGUUAAAGUGGCUUCAUGUAUAAGCAAACGAAGCAUCUCAAGGUACAUAAACAAGCUAAGGUACAUCUAGAUUUGAUGAGAGCUAUGUGAGUGCAACGGAAGAAUUCAACGAGUAAUGAGAGGCAAUCACCAUUCUGCAUUAUGUAGUUCUGCAUGAUAUAGCAAUCCCCUCCUUGGCACUCAUCUAAGGAAAAGAAAGCAAUACACAGAAUCAGUUUGCGUGAAUGAGAACAAUCCAACUAAUGUCAUGGAUAUAAUUGUUAUUUUUUCAGUCAUGAUGUUCAUGAGAAUCUGCUUAGUGCUAUUGUACAGAUUUCGAGCUCAUGUCAUGGUGUUUAUUGUUUUUAUUUCAUCGACGUGCUAUUUUGUUUUGUUUAAUUAUGAAUGUAUCCAAACUUAGCUGGCAUGUGAGGGAAUGGGAAUUGGCAAACAACAAUAUAGUAUUAUUAUUGAUUGCAUGCGAUUACAAAUGCUA